CGUUUAAAGCUACGUCAGCGCUUCUCUACUAACAAGCUCCCUGAGAGCGACGUGUCCCUUUCUACUCUGACUCACUUCUCAUCAAACACGACCUCGGAAAUAGCUAACGUUACGUCGAGCUGAUGACUUUUCUUCUCAUAGCUAACAAGGAGGGCCUAAACACCAUGGAUCAGGUAAUGCAGUUCGUUGAGCCCAGUCGGCAGUUCGUCAAAGAUUCAAUAAGGCUCGUAAAAAGAUGCACAAAACCCGACAGAAAAGAAUUCCAGAAGAUUGCCAUGGCCACAGCGAUUGGGUUUGCCAUCAUGGGUUUCAUUGGUUUCUUUGUCAAACUCAUUCACAUCCCCAUCAACAACAUCAUUGUUGGUGGUUAAAUCCUGGCCAAGAAAAAAACACAAACUUCAAUACCUAGGGGCAAGAGAUGGUGCUGUAAAGUGUUAUUGGGCUGAUGUGAUUAAUUCUAAAGGGAUGGCAUUUUUACAUUCUGUGCACAACAUUUAUAUUUCGCUGUGUAAAUAAAACAAAUGGAAACUGA